UCAUCUUUGAGAGGUCAACUUUGUGUUGUUGAAACAAGUGUACACUAUUCCGGCGGUCCUGCAUUUUAUGGUGUAUUAAAAUAUUUUGUUGUUACUUUCGUCUUCGCACAUAGGACAUGAAACUGUCUAAGGUGGAAAAUAAUUCGAAAUAUGGAUUUUGCAUCAUUUCUUUUUGUUCGAGAGCCGCCACGGAAGGAUGAAAUGAUUGUUUGUUAAACGUAGGUUUUCAGUUUGUGGACAUGCACCUGAGCGCUGUACAGAAGAGGAGGACAGCAAAUUUUCGGGACGACGAAACAAAACUUUUAAUACAACUUUGGGGAAGUCCAUUUGUUCAAUCGCAGAUAAAUUCCUCUCAUAGAAAAGGGCCCAUAAUGGUUCAAAUUGCUGCAAUGAUGCAUCAGUAUGGAUUCUAUAGAACACCAGAAGAGAUAACUACAAGAAUACGCAAUUUGAAAUGCAUUUAUCACAGAAUAAAACGAGCACAGAAUAGUGGUGCGUAUUGCACGGAAGGGCCUGAUUGGCAUCAUUUUAAGGCGUUAGACGCGAUAUUGGGCCGUAGUUCAUCUACAGAAUUGCGGACGGAGCCCAUAGCAAAAGUGAAAAAAGAACCUGGUGUAGAAACCUCGGACAAUGCUUAUACAUUCAGCAACGUCUGUUCUCCAUCUCAAGAGGGUGUGAAUUUGGAAACAUCUACCCCAGUAUCACCCAUGGAAGGUACAACAGCUAGCAUACCUGCUGUACAAGACUCUCUAAGUGAACAGAUUAAUGGACUGCCAUAUUCAUUCAGUGAAAAGAGCAUGAAAAUGCAACACUCAGCAACUUCCCAGUCGCACAGGCCCCCCAGAAUACCAGAGGAAUGUACAACAGAAUCAUCUUCCUAUGUACAAGAUCACCAUAAACCAGAAGUGGAUUCAAAACAAGUGUCCCCAAAGGAUAAGGAUGUCACUUCCCUCCUUCAGCAGCUCCUGGAUGUUGAGCGAGAACAUCUAGAGCUUGAAAAGCAACGGCUUGCAUUUGAUCGGCAGAUUGGAGCACAACUAAUGUGCUUGGUUCCCAUUGUUAGCAGCAUUUUACAAAAACAUGCAGCCCCUCAACACACAGAGAAUAAUUGGCAUUUCAGUAAUGCGCAACGUGAUUCAGACAGUGAUCAUAAUUAAGCCAUAAAACGUUGUUCCUCAUAAAGAUGCAUUUAAAAUAGAAAUAAGAAUAUAAUAAUCUUAAAGAUGUUAAACGUUCACAUAGAUUUUUUAAUGUGAGAAGCAACUGCUACGCAAUUUUGUAGUACAAGAGAUUAUAAGAACUUGAAUUUAAUUUUAAUUACAAAAGUAAUUAUUUUUAAACAAUGCAAAAGAAAGACUUUUUAGUGUAAUUUUAGAUGUAGUAAUAGAUUUUGUAUACAUUAUAAUACCUGGGAAAGAACUCUGAUGUAUACCACGAAUAAUGUUGUAUGUAACAAUAAAUAGAAGUGAAGAUGAUAAUUUGCAA